AUGACUGGGAGCUUUGCCUCGCCGUCGGCGGAUGCGACCAUCUCGCCGCAACUUUUCGCGCCGGCGGGCCUCGUCGCCUCUGUUCUGGAUGGCUUCACCGUUUGGAAGCUGAUCCUGACGCUGUUCAUUGGUGCCGUCAUUUACGAUCAAUUGCUAACGAUCACCCCCUUUUCACUAACAACAGUCAAGUACCACUACCUGAAGGGCAAGAUCAUUGGUCCCGCGUACAAAAUCCCCUUUAUGGGCCCCUUCCUGCAAUCCGUCAAUCCCAAGUUCACCGAGUACAAGGCGAAAUGGGACAGCGGCGAGCUAAGCUGUGUUUCCGUCUUCCAUAAGUUCGUCGUGAUUGCCUCGACCCGUGACAUGUCCCGCAAGAUCUUCAAUUCUCCCGGCUACGUCAAGCCCUGUGUCGUGGAUGCCGCGCACAAGCUGCUCGGCAAGUCCAACUGGGUCUUCCUGGACGGCAAGGAACACGUCGAGUACCGCAAGGGCCUCAAUGGCCUGUUCACCCGCCAGGCCCUGUCCAGCUACUUGCCCCGUGCCGAGGAGGUCUUUGACGAGUACUUCAAGCGCUUCGUGGACAAGUCCGCCGCCACCAAGCACACCCCCACUCCUUGGAUGCCGGACUUCCGUGAGCUCAUGACUGCCCUCUCUUGCCGCACUUUCGUCGGCUACUACAUGUCCGACGAGGCCGUUCAGAAGGUCGCCGACGACUAUUACCUGAUCACCGCUGCCCUCGAGCUGGUCAAUUUCCCUAUCAUUCUGCCCUUCACCAAGACCUGGUACGGCAAGAAGGCCGCCGAUAUGGUGCUCGAGGAGUUCUCCAAGUGUACCGCUAAGAGCAAGGCUCGCAUGGCUGCCGGUGGUGAGGUUUCGUGUAUCAUGGACGCCUGGGUUAAGGCCCAGCAGGACUCCGCCAAGUACCGUGAGAAGAUCGCCAAGGGUAUCCAGGUCGAUCCCUCCGAGAAGCCUCCUCAGGUUCUGCGUGAUUUCUCCGAUUUCGAGAUUGCGCAGACUGUCUUCACCUUCCUAUUCGCCUCCCAGGAUGCCACUAGCGCCGCCUCUACCUGGCUGUUCCAGCUGAUGGCCGACCGCCCGGAGAUUCUCGACAAGGUCCGCGAGGAGAACUUGGCUGUCCGCGGCGGUGACCGCACCGUCCCGAUCUCGAUGGACCUGCUCGAGAAGUUGACCUACACCCGCGCCGUCGUCAAGGAGACCCUCCGCUACCGCCCUCCCGUCAUUAUGGUCCCCUACCUGGUCAAGAAGGAUUUCCCCAUCACCGACAAGAUCACCGUCUCCAAGGGUUCCAUGAUCAUUCCCUCGGUCUGGCCCGCCACUCACGAUGAGGAGGCCUACCCCAACGCCGAUUCCUUCGAGCCCGAGCGUUGGAUCACUGGUACCGCCGAGCAACAAACCAAGAACUGGCUGGUCUUUGGCACGGGUCCCCACUACUGCCUGGGUCAGACCUAUGCCCAGCUGUCGCUGAUGGCUAUGAUCGGCAAGGCCAGUAUGGAGAUGGACUGGGAGCAUACCCCCACUCCCCUUUCCGAGGACAUCAAGGUGUUCGCCACCAUCUUCCCCCAGGAUGACUGCCUGCUCACCUUCCGCCCUCGCGCAUAA